GGGAGCGGGACAGGGACAGAGACACGGCCAUGGAUGGGGGCGAGGGGCGGCCGCAGCCCCACCUGGCCGCGUUGGUGCUGGCGCGGGGCGGCAGCAAAGGGAUCCCGCUGAAGAACAUCAAGCUGCUGGCGGGGGUGCCGCUCAUCGGCUGGGUGCUGCGCGCCGCCAUGGAUGCCGGCGUCUUCCACAGCAUAUGGGUUUCCACAGACCACGACGAGAUCGAGAAGGUUGCGAAGCAGUUUGGUGCUCAGGUCCAUCGCAGGAGCCCUGAAGUCUCUCAAGACUCCUCCACUUCCCUAGAAGCCAUCACAGAGUUUCUCAAUCAUCAUCGUGAGGUUGAUAUUGUAGGAAAUAUUCAAGCAACAUCUCCCUGUUUACAUCCCAGUGACCUUAUAAAAGUGGCAGACAUGAUCCAGAAGGAGGGCUUUGAUUCUGUCUUCUCUGUUGUGAGGAGGCAUCAAUUCAGAUGGAGUGAGGUAAAGAAAGGAGAAAACAAGAUGACAGAACCCCAAAACCUGAAUCCAGCAAAGCGGUACCGGAGGCAAGACUGGCCUGGGGAGCUCUAUGAAAAUGGCUCAUUUUAUUUUGCCAAGAGGCAUCUGAUUGAGAAAGGCUACUUGCAGGGUGGUAAAAUGGCCUACUAUGAAAUGCGUGCAGAGCACAGUGUGGAUAUUGACAUAGACAUUGACUGGCCUAUUGCAGAGCAGAGAGUGUUGAGCUUUGGAUAUUUUGGCAAAGAGCCACUAAAAGAGGUGAAGCUCUUGGUUUGCAGCAUUGAUGGAUGUCUGACCAAUGGUCGCAUUUAUGUGACAGAAGAUCACAAGGAAAUGGUCUCCUACGAUUACAGAGAUAUUGUUGGCAUUGAUCUGUUGAAGAAAAGAGGAAUCCAGGUCCGACUCAUCUCUGACAGGGAUUGUUCAAAAACACUGUCAGCCAUGCAGCUGGGAUGUGUAGCAAAAGUCAGUGUAACAAAUAAACUACAGGUUCUGAAGGACUGGCAGGAGGACAUGGGUUUGAGCUGGAAAGAGGUGGCUUACUUAGGAAAUGAGGAGUCUGACGUGGAGUGCCUGAAGCAGGCAGGCAUGAGUGCUGUGCCUGCUGAUGCCUGUGCUGCUGCCCAGAAGGCUGCUGGUUACAUCUGUAAGAGCAGAGGUGGCUGCGGAGCUGUGCGCGAGUUUGCAGAACACAUUUUCCUGCUCUUAGAGAAAGUGAACUCUGCAAGGAAGCAGCUGGAAGAAAUCAGCUCAGCAGGGAAGGAAAUGGGGAGAAAUGAGAACAGCAGGAAAGGAAAUAAGGAACUGAUGGAAAAAGAGUAACGCCGUUGGUCAGUCCUGCCUUUCUUCCUCAGUACAUCCAUAUCCCAAAGGAAUGCUUACCUUUCAAAUUUUACAGCACAGUAGAGUUAAAAAGGUGUCUCCCCCUAAUUGCAGGUCCCACAUUCAUGAUUAUAUGCUGAAAAUAUGAUCACAUCCAUGAUGAUUUUAAAAGCCAUUUAAGUGCAAUGGGAGGAAUGCUACAAAAGAGAGUGCCCUGUAAAUCUGCUCUUAAUCAUCACACCUGUCCUACAGGAAUGCCACCUCUUUAUUUCAUAAUCUGAAUGUUUUCAGGGAUCAAUGAUUUUGCAUGACUUGAAGAUUUGUAAUUCAGGCUUAAAAACCCCAAAACUUCUGUCAGUUUUGCUCAUGUGGUUUGCAUUUCUUUUAUCAAAUGCAUGGUGUUGUGGUUGUGUGAUUGCAUUUUACAAGCUUUGUCCUUAGCAAGGAAGAGUUUUAACUUGUGCUGGAGAGGUCAGAUGUAAAAUACUUAUCAAUAAAACUUCCUCCUCUAUUUUUAGAAUACAGCUCAGUUACUGUAAAACAAGUUAAUAUUAGUUUAAAAAAGCACUUUAACGUGUUCAGUUUGAAGCUCAUAAAUAAUUAAAUCACAUUUGGAAUUGUGCGUCUUGGAAUUAAUUUUGGGUUUUAUUGAAGUGCCUAAAUGAAUAUUUUGCCAAAUUUGGAGUUAAAUUUCCCAUUGUCUUUGAGAUCUUUGCAGAAACUCAGUUUCUUUCUAUGAAGACUAUAUUGGAACCUCAAAAGAAUUAAAGCCAAAUAAAAGUCUUUAGGUUUAUUGUAUGGAAAGUAGCUGCUGUUAAAGAAAAAACAAAACCAAACUAUAGUUGACGUGGGUUUACAUAAAAUAUAUAUACAGACUACUUUUAGCAUGUUAAAACUGGUUUACAUGCUUGUAUUUAUUGAAAAUAGGAAUUGUAUUGUACAUUACAAAUACAAUAGUAUAUAUCAGAGUUAAGUUCUGGUUUGGGUUAUGCUAAAAAAUUAAAAUACCCAUGGUACACUGGCAAUUACAAGGGAGGUGAAUGAUAAUGGCUUGUCAUUUUAUUUUGUUUCUCUGCUAAAUUUUGCAUUGUAUAAAUAGUUAUACUCCCAGUAUAUCACCUGAUAUGCUGGCCUCUGAUAAACUUUGUGUUUACUUCCUUUCAGAAAGCAAAAUGUUGAACUAAAAUGGUUUACUGCCUAUCUACAGUUAACAGAUAAAAUUUUUAUUGUACUAAUCAGCUCUAAGUUACCUAAAUUUAAGUGUCUCAGUCACGUUUUAAGGUUCUGCGCUGGAUAAAUCCCAUGGACUUUGACAAGAGGGGAGCCACAUUUUGGACAUCAAUGUUUUCAUUUUGAUGAAUUCAUGGUAUAAUCUUACAUUGGAAAGAAUAUGAAGGAUAAAAGAGCUCUAGAGACUGUUUACCAAAAAAAGAUAUGGGAUAUGCAGGAUGUGCUUCCUAAAAGGUUCAGAUUUGUAUUGCCCACACUGUAGUGGAAAAUCUAAUUAUAGGGUAGGAGCAGGGAUGCCUUAAUUACUCCUCUUGAUUUUAUAGAAGAAGCCUCAAUCAUAUGAAGGAUUUAGGGGUCAGAGAGGCAGAGACAGUGAGGGUAACUCUGUCACCUUAGAGGUGAAAUACCAAGUUCCAGGAAAGGUCCAAAUGUGUAGAAUAUUUUCCCAAGUCCUGUUCCAGUACAUGUGACACCACAACUGCCUUUGAUUAGAGGGAUAUUACUCAUUCAGAGUAGAUUUCAAUGGUCAGUUUUGUUAUUCUGGGAUAAUUCUGAGAUCAUCUUUUGGCCCUGUGAGCUCUUGGUUUUUUGCUUCAAUUCACCUAGGUUAUUUCAAAGAAGAUCUUAGGUAAUGUAGGCUGUUCUGUCAUGAUUAUGUGAAAUGGAAAAACAGGAAACUAUGUAAAUAUUUGUAGUAAGCUAUUAUGAAAAAGUGGCUGAUUACAUCAGAUUUUAAAUAAACAGCUUUCUUUAGUCUUCUAAGUAGAGAA